AUGCCUACCAAGAGCAACUACACCCAGGGGUACUCAGCAGCCACCGUGGCCAGUCAUGCAGCGCGGACCAUCCAUUCAGAUGCAGCGUUCCUGCUACCCCACAUCAAGCCCACCGACCGCAUCCUCGACGUCGGAUGCGGGCCUGGGACCAUCACAGCGGGCCUCGCCGGCCUCGUGCCCCAGGGCUCCGUCUUCGCAAUCGACAUAUCGGACGAGGUGCUCGCCCUCGCGAGGAGCCACCUGGCCGGCCUCGACCCGCCGCCCGCCAACGUCACCCUCCAGCAGGCGGACCUGCUGGCGGGGCUCGCCUUCCCGGACGGCGCCUUCGACGUCGUCUUCGCCUCCCAGCUGUUCCCGCACCUGCCGUCGGCGCGCAUGCGCCGCGCCGCCCUGGCGGAGAUGCGCCGCGUGCUGCGCCCGGGGGGCGUGCUGGCCACGCGCGACGCUGCGGAGCUGCACUUCUACCCGCGCGCGCGCAACCCGGACGCGCUACUCACGCGGUACGGCGACCGGGCCCGCGCGCACGGCGGCGACGGCGACGAGAGCAUGCUCCCGUUCCCCGGCGGGGACAUGCCCGCGCUGUACGCCGAGGUUGGGUUCGACGCCGCGGGCGACAGGGUGAAACCCAGCGCCGGGAUGACGGUGUACGCCGGCCGGGAGCAGCGCGAGUGGAUCGCGGCUACGUCGCUGGCCAAGCUCGCGCCCGGAGACCCCUACAGGGACAGCUGGACGGCGGCAGGCAUCACGGAUGAGGAGAUUGAGAAGGUCAGGGAGGCGUUCAAGGCGUGGGGUGAGGACCCGGGUGCUUGGUACGUCGCCGUGCAGGCGGAGGUCUUGGGGUGGAAGUAG